CAUGCGCCCAGCCACACGCUCGCUCGCUCACUCACUCACUCGCAAUCAGGCAUCAUGGCGGACGUACUGGAUCUACAUGAAGCGGGAGGUGAAGACUUUCCUAUGGACGAGGAUGGUGACGAGAGCAUUCACAAGUUGAAAGAGAAAGCCAAGAAAAGGAAAGGUCGCGGGUUCGGGUCUGAGGAGGGAGCGAGGUCUAGAGUCAGAGAGGACUACGACACAGUCGAACAGGAUGGAGAUGAGCCUGGGCCUCAGAGAUCCGUUGAAGGAUGGAUUCUUUUUGUGACUGGUGUGCAUGAGGAGGCGACGGAAGAGGACGUCCACGAUAAGUUUGCAGAAUACGGAGAGAUUAAAAACCUGCAUUUAAAUUUGGACAGGAGAACCGGUUACCUUAAGGGCUAUGCGCUGGUGGAGUACGAGACCUAUAAAGAAGCCCAGGCAGCGAUGGAAGGGCUGAAUGGCCAGGAACUGAUGGGGCAACCUAUCAGCGUUGACUGGUGCUUUGUAAGAGGACCUCCUAAGAGCAAGAGGAGGGGCGGGAGAAGACGCAGCAGGAGCCCUGACAGGCGGCGACGUUGAUUUUUCCCCAGUUCAUGACUCCAGUGUCUGUUUCCCAGCCAGGCGGCAUUGUUUUUCAAGACAGUUUGGAGUCAGAUUGGAGUGUCUGUGUGUGUAUCUCUUUAAAUUGACGAUUUUAGUGCUUUUGAGAGGGGGUGUCUUAAUUGUUAGUUAUUUGCAACUGUCUGAAGGUCUUUUGUUAAAGAAUGGCAGAUGCUGCCGAAGCAUACAUGUUGAAGCUGACGGUGUUUACACUGCAGAUUUAUGUACCUUUUUUUUUUUUUUUUUUGUACAAAGUGGCAGUACACUUAAAUGCCAUGUAAUUCAUACGUUGAAACCUGUUAUGAGUAGUGAUUUGUAUAUUUCCAAUAAAUUAAUUUGGUUUGA